AUGGCCGUUGUAUUCGUUACUGUUGGCACGACUUCAUUUGAUGGGCUGAUUAAUGAGGUCAAUAAAGUCGAAUUCCAUGAAGGUCUUUCAAGAUUGGGAUAUAAAGAUCUGAUCAUACAAUAUGGAAGUGGAUCUAUCACACCCCGUAUUCCGGAAGACAUUUGUGCCGAAAAUACUGAACAUUUGUCUACAACUCCCUUCUUACGCAUGAAAUCCUUUCGAUACAAAGAUUCCCUUGUUGAUGAGUUUAAAAGUGCAUCAUUAGUUAUUAGUCAUGGCGGUGCAGGCACUUGUAUCCAGGCUCUUACUCCAUUUGGAAGUCGCCGACUAAUCGUCGUUGUAAAUGAAACGUUGAUGGAUAAUCAUCAGGAGGAGCUUGCACUUGCUCUCUUGCAAGGAAAACAUGCUCUCGUUUGUACUCCUGCAUCACUUAACCAUUUGAUAUGGACAGGUGAUGAGUCCACUUAUUCUUCUCAGUUUUUAUGCAAUAAGUUUAUCUAAACGUAGAGCACGACGUUGAUUGCCUAGUAAAACAAAUCCACAAUUCGAAUAUAUAUGAUGAAUUGAAACAGGUAAAUAGUAUCAAGGAAUUAUUCUCUGACUACUGUUAAUAUAGUUACACCCUAAUCAAAUUAUAUAUCCGAAAAUAAGGGCUAGGACAAAACUUAAUUGGGCGUUU